UGAAAAAAUACUACGUUUCGGUUGCUACGUACAUUCUCCGAGUUUACAAGAUAAUUACUGAAGAUUUGUUUGCAGAAAUGGGUGAUAACUUCGGAAUUCAUCGUGGCCCGGCCAAGAAGAAUGUGGAAGCGGUGGAGGAUCGCACCCAGGGCCAGAUUCUGAGCGAUUUCAUGAUGCAGCUCGAAGAAUACACACCCACGAUUCCCGAUGGAGUGACUUCUUACUAUCUAAAUUCGUCGGGUUUUGAGGGCGCAGAUCCGAGAAUCGUUCGCUUGAUCUCCAUCGCGGCCCAGAAGUUCGUUUCCGAUGUGGCAAACGAUGCGCUGCAGCACUGCAAGACUCGCACGAAUAGUGCACCCAGUUCCGGACACGGUUCAUCGAAAAAUCAGAACCAGAAGUCGUCCAAGGACCGAAAGUACACACUCACGAUGGAGGACUUGCAGCCGGCACUGAACGAUUACGGUAUAACCGUUCGCAAGGCGCACUACUUCGUGUAGACUUUGAUUUAAACGUUUCCCGGCACACACUAUAGAAGCAGUGUGGGGUCAUGGUUUACUUUUACAUUAACAUUCUUGUAUAUUUAUAAAUUCCAUAAUGG